AUGAGAGAGGUGAAGAAAAUGAAGACUGUUAAAUCGGGAUCAGGAGCUUUCAAAACUUCGUCUUAUAUUCAUUAUAAUAGACUACAAUUUGUGCAGGCAACUAUAGCCGACAACGAUACUGAAAGUAGUUUCGAUGCAGAUAAUACAUCAACUUCGUCUGAAGUUGCUGAAGUAGGAGUAAGUUCUGCCCUUAAGAGCCCUAAAUCUACUCCAAGAAAAGAACUAAAAAUAAGCUCUGCUGACGAAAGAUUUGCAAGCAUAUUAGAGCAGAGUAUAGCACAGAAAAAUGGUUCACAUCCAAAAGAUGAUGAUGAUGAAGACAAGAUGCUUUGUUUGUCACUAGUUAAAGAGAUUAAAAAAAAUCCGGAAUAUAGACGACUUCAGACUAAAAUUGGCAUUUAUAAUUUAAUUUUGCAAAACCAAAAUAUCCUUCAAGGACCGCAACAUCAGACAUUUGAAAAUCAAUACUAUCGUAACCCGGUACCACAACGAAGAAAUUAUUUGUCACAAGAGCAGCGUAAUCAAGCUUCUGUUGAAGACUUUCAACAUUAUCAAUCACAGCAAUCUAGUGUGCCAAAUAAUUUAGCACAUUAUGGUUAUACUACAGCAAUGGGAUCGCCUGUAACACACACUCCUUCGCCAGCACCAACUGUUAGCAGUGCAUCGGAAUUAGAGAGGUGGCAGAGCGACGGGGGUGCAGCACUGGAAUAUUGUAACAUUACACGAAAUCUGGAUAUUUGUGACGUUAUACCGAGCUGUGGACCAGUAACGCCUAUCACCUGCUGUAAACUUAAGCUAGACAUUGAUAACAAGGUCCAACAAAAUAUGAUGCACAUGGUCCAAACGUUCCUGCAGACCUGGUUCAACAGUGUUUAUGAAAACUGCGCGUGUGCCGGCUCAGCCAAUGGCAGUAACAGUAACCAGAACUGUGUUGUGUUGCUGCUCAUUAUCUUGCGCAGCGACUCGUCAAUCGGCCCCCGCGCUCGCUUACUUAAAACAUACACCAACAUCCCCAGUAUUUACUAUCAUGAAACGAAAAAGAUUCACAAGGAUCAAACUUACGGAUUUGUAGAAAGGAUAGACUUACUGGACAAGAUAUGUUUGAUCACAGUAAAAGUUAUAACAUGUGUUAAACACCCAAUAAUUAGCAGAGCGCUGCGAACGGCGAAUGUUCGGCGCACAUGUUGCGUGCGGCCAAUCUGCGCAGCACGUGACGACGUCGCUGUCGCUCGUCUGUCGGCCGCUCAAUGCGGCCUUGUGCUGCCACCGUUGUACUACAACAUCUGCUAA